UCCCCCGAGUCUCGCAGUAUUUCCUCCCUGCACCUUUAAGAAGACCGCUGCUCCGUGGUGGGAUGGUGUGUUAAAGCCACACAGAGGAAGUUACGCAGCCCGGAUCAGACCGAGAGAUAAAAGCCGAUGGCGAUCGUGUUGUUGCUAAUGAGCUCUCCUUCCCUCUUCCCAUGAAAGACAAGCCAGACCCCGAGUACCCGCAUGGAUGGAGCUGAAGUCCCAGAAACUUCAUAAUAAGUUGCCAAUGGCUACCAGCCAAGGUCAGCCGGCCCCCACUCGUGCCGGUCCCCACCACGGCAGAGCCCAAUAAGCUGCUCCCCAGUUAACACCUCCGUCGCUUUUUUAUGUUCCAGUCCAGCCACACAAUCAUUGUCACUUUCAACUCACAUGAAAAGAAAUCUCUUUUAUGGGUCUGAGAUGCCAAGUCCAGUCCCGUAGAGGGACCAGGUUUCCAGCUCACCCGUCCACCUCCUGAUUUCAUUUCAUCUUUACAACACAGGCCGGAGGGUUGUUUUGCGGGAGUGGUGAGCCCAUCACACAUGAAGGGCCCUUUAAAGACCAGGACUGGCUGGAAGGACAGAAAUUAAAGGCACUCUGAUCCGGCCCCAUGCCAGCUCCCCGCGGAUUGCCUCCCGAUCCCAUUUCCAUCCACUGUCACAACCGGAGAGUCUGCCUGAGUUGAUCAGGUUCCCCUGCGGGAGAGGGGGAAUGCCAAGGUCAGGAGGACUCCGAGUGAUGGGCCACUGUUUGAUCUGCCCAUCAGCAGUCUGAGAAACGCUGGCUCCGAGGUUUCCUCCCGGCCUUUGGGGAAAAGCAAGUUCCUCGCUGCUCCCCGGCAGCGCCGUUCCCUGGGACCUCCGCCUCCACCGCCUGGCAGAUGCGGCCUGUCCAUGCUGAGGCCUCGAGCCCCGCCUGACCCAGCCGCCGCCUCUCCAGGGCUCCUCUGGGCCGCACCCCACGGACUGCACAGCCAUGCUGGGCCUGCUGGCUCUCCUCCUGCACUGCCUCCCGCUGGCCGCCGGGGACUAUGACAUCUGCAAAUCCUGGGUGACCUCGGAUGAGGGCCCCACCUGGGAGUUCUACGCCUGCCAGCCCAAGGUGAUGCGCCUGAAGGACUAUGUCAAGGUGAAGGUGGAGCCCAAGGGCAUCACAUGCGGAGACCCCCCUGAGAGAUUCUGCUCCCACGAGAACCCCUACCUGUGCAGUAACGAGUGUGACGCCUCCAACCCGGACCUGGCCCACCCGCCGCGGCUCAUGUUCGACCGGGAGGACGAGGGGCUGGCCACGUACUGGCAGAGCGUCACGUGGAGCCGCUACCCGAGCCCGCUGGAGGCCAACAUCACGCUGUCGUGGAACAAGAGCGUGGAGCUGACGGACGACGUGGUGGUGACCUUCGAGUACGGCCGGCCCACCGUCAUGGUCCUGGAGAAGUCCCUGGACAACGGGCGCUCCUGGCAGUACUCACGCUGGGCCGGUGCCCAGAAGGAGAAGCACGUGCGCUUCGAGGUGCGGGACCGCUUCGCCAUCUUCGCCGGCCCCGACCUGCGCAACAUGGACAACCUCUACGCACGGCUGGAGAGCGCCAAGGGCCUCAAGGACUUCUUCACCCUCACCGACCUGCGCCUGCGGCUGCUGCGCCCGGCGCUGGGCGGCACCUACGUGCAGCGCGAGAACCUCUACAAGUACUUCUACGCCAUCUCCAACGUCGAGGUCAUCGGCAGGUGCAAGUGUAACCUGCACGCCAACCUGUGCUCCGUGCGCGAGGGCAGCCUGCAGUGCGAGUGCGAGCACAACACCACGGGCCCCGACUGCGGCAGGUGCCGCAAGAACUUCCGCACGCGGUCCUGGCGCAUAGUGGAACAGGCCACCGACAGCAGCCCCCCCAGGGGCGAGCCCCCCCUGGCCCCAGGUGCCCUCCCGUGCAGAAGGCUGGGUGGCAGCUGGUCUCCGAGGGGGCCAGAGGCAGGCUGGCUCCGUGUGCUCCCUGUGGGCCCGGUCACCUCGUGUCUGAGCAGGUGCCGGGGCUGCCCGGAGCUGGCAGGGCUCCUGGGAGCCUUUGCUGGGCCCCGACAGCCCGCCGGGCAGGGGGACCGGGCUGAUGGAAGAGCUUGUUUCUCAUCUCUCCAAGCUGCGGGCACCUUCACUGCUGCCCCCGCCCCCGCCAAGGCCUCCAAGCCUUCCCAGCUCAGGCCCAAAUCUCCUCAGGUGGUGCCUAUGGGAGAAUUCCAAGACUGCGAGUGCUACGGCCACUCCAACCGCUGCAGCUACAUCGACUUCCUCAACGUGGUCACCUGCGUCAGCUGCAAACACAACACGCGGGGCCAGCACUGCCAGCACUGCCGCCUGGGCUUCUACCGCAACGGCUCCGCCGAGCUGGACGACGAGAACGUGUGCAUCGAGUGUAACUGCAACCAAAUCGGCUCCGUGCACGACCGGUGCAACGAGACCGGCUUCUGCGAGUGUCGCGAGGGCGCGGCGGGGCCCAACGUGGAAAACACAGCUACUGCCGGCUGCGCAGCACGGGAGCAGUUAGCCUUCACCUUCGCCCAGGACAGCGUUCUCAGCCUCGGCGCCAUUGACAUGGACGGGGCUGCAUAUGGGGAGGGGCCUGUCCGGUGCCUCUAG